AUGCAACGGUGUAACAUUUCAAAAGAAGAUAAAGAUAACAUUGAUAAAUUGCGUGAAGCAGUAAAGGAUGAGCUCACACCUUAUUAUGACACAGAUUUCAAUUUGCUCCGAUGGCUUCAAGGUCACAACAGUAAUUUCGAUAUUGUAAUACCAAAGUUGAAAAGUCAUUUAGUCUUUAGACGAUCAAAAUGGGAUUUAGAUCACCUCGCGGAUAAACCACGCAACCACCCUGUGCAUGAGUACUGGAAGUCCGGAAUAACGGGUCCAGCAGGAAGAACACCAAACAUUAUUGUUAACGUUGAACAGACAGGUAGAAAUGACUACUAUGGAAUCUUGCAUACAUUUCCAGUUAAUGAGAUUCUAGCUGCAAGAUUGUAUGACUUGGAGACGAUGCUGCGUUUAGUGAUGCGAAUGGAAGAGGAAACUGGUCAGCAAGCUUCUAUAAUGUAUGUAAUGGACUUGACCGACUUGAAGUUUGAUAAGCAUCUUCUGGGCUUAGUGACCGGUUCCUUGUCCGGUAUAACCAAUUUUAUGUCCGACCAUUACGUGGAAAUGGUGCAUAAAUUUAUUUUGGUUAAUGCGCCACCUUUUAUAGCCACAAUUUGGACAAUUGCAAAGCCAUUACUACCAGAACGAACUCGAAGCAAAGUAGAUAUAUUUGGUUCUAAUUGGAAGACUGAAAUUCAAAACAUUGCUGAUCCAGAAGUACUUCCAACAUUUUGGAACGAUGAUGAUAUUAAGAUAUUCAAAGCAAAGUUAGAAUUGUCAAAAGCUCUUGAUCCGGAAAAAUACUUCACAGGUGAAAUGGAUCCGAACUGUAAAACAAUUUUAGUUCCACCUGGAAAAACAGGCUCUAUCGAUGUUAAAGCCACAAAGCAAACUCCUGCAACAUCAGUUGUGCCAAUGAGAGACGAAUUGAAAUGUAGCGAAGAUGGCAUUUAUAAGUUUUGGUUUAGCAAUGAACAAGCGUGGUUUCACACGUUGAAUUUACAAUAUCUAAUUGACGUGAUUCCAGAAAACAAUCAAUAA